AUGUGCAGACUUGUCCCCUAUUUGGUUACACCUGAACCUAAGCACAUAACGCGCUUCAUUGGAGGCCUGGCCCCUGAAAUUGAAGGAAAUGUUAAAGCUUCCAAGCCUACCACUUAUAGGUCAGUAGUGGACUUGUCCUUAUCCCUCACACUCGAUGCAGUUAGGAAUAAGUCUGGUAAGGCUUCAGAUGAGGGAAAGAGAAAGAGGGAAGAUGAGAGCUCACAUCGCUCCGAUAAGAAAAAGAACGGAAAUUCCGAGCAUAAGAAGAGUUCUAAUUAUAAGAAGAACUCCCAUCAGUCAGGUGAGAAACCCUUGUGUAAGACCUGUAAGAAACAUCACUUUGGGAAAUGCAGACUUGACUCGCAGCCUAAACCUUGCGGAAUUUGCAAGUCAAAGGAUCAUAAAACUUUGGAGUGCAAGAAUAUGAAAAAUGCAACCUGUUAUGGUUGCAAUGAAAAGGGGCACAAAAGGACCAACUGCCCGAAAAACCCAAAGAAGCCUGAAGAGGCCAAGAAGACAAAUGCUCGAAUUUUCCAAAUGAAUGCCAAGGAGGCAGUGCAGAAUGAUAACGUUAUUACAGGUGUUUUCCUUAUAAAUGAUGUUUAUGCUAGAGUUUUAUUCGAUUCUGGUGCAGAUAAGUCCUUUGUAGACAAUAAAUUCAGUAAAAUGUUAAAUAUGCCUAUUAAAACUCUAGACAUAAAAUAUGAGGUAGAACUAGCUGAUGGUACCAUAGAAACCGCUUCGAAAAUCUUAGAUGGAUGUUUCAUAUCCAUUAGGAUUCACUCUUUUUCAUUGUCCUUGUUACCAAUGAAGUUGGCGGGGUUUGAUAUAGUUAUAGGCAUGGAUUGGUUAUCUCUUAACCAAGCUCAAAUUUCCGGUGAUAAGAAGCAAGUUAUUAUCAAAACCCCUUAUGGUGAAUCAAUUAUUAUUCAAGGAGAUACACAGUAUGGAUUGCCCGAUCAAGUAUCAAUGCUUAAAGCAUCUAAGUGUUCGAAGAAAUGUUGUGUCAUUUACAUGGCACAGGUGACGAUAGACGAACCAAAGCCCAAGAUAGAAGACAUUCCUGUUAUUUCAGAAUACUCAGACGUUUUUCCUGAAGAACUUCCUGCUGAUGAGUCACUAGCGAUGUCUCAUAAAGACGUGCAAAUUGACGAAAGCUUGAAGUUUGUUGAAAAGCCCUUGUCGAUCGAUGAUCGACAGGUUAAAAAGCUUCGAAGAAAGAUUGUGCCAAUUGUAAAAGGGAAAUGGGAUGCCUAUAGAGGUCCAGAAUAUAAGUGGGAAGUUGAAUCCAUGAUGCGACAGAAGUACCCUUAUUUGUUUCAGUAG